AUGUAUGAUCUGCCUGAUGCAAUUAGAAUUGUUGAAUUUCUACUGCUACAGUGUUGGUUUGUUCUGAAGGUAUACAUAUUGUACAAAUGUUUUCGAGUAACUUUUGCUUUCUGGAGAGCUGUAUAUAUCUAUCGUAUUGCUCCGCUGUUUUAUAGUCCAAAGUUGGAUCAGUAUAAAAAUCGUUGGACAGUGGUAACCGGUGGUACAGACGGUAUUGGAAAAGCAUAUACCAUUGAGCUGGCAAAGCAUCAAUUUAAAAAAUUUGUUCUAAUUGGUCGAAAUUCAACAAAACUUGAUAACGUCAAAAAACUUUUAGGUAAAUUUUAUUUUAUUUAUUAAAU